UUUUGGGUCGGCGGCGAACGUUACGUGGAGGAAAGCGCCGACGCGCAAUCGGUUCUUUCUCCGUGUGUGCGUGAAAAACGAACCGGUGCAAGCGUCGGACGUUCCCAAGAUGACUUUGGAAAUGCAAAAAUAAUUUGCACAUCGCUGGCGUGGACUAUUUACGGCUGCCUGGGCGAGUGAAAACGCUUCGGGUGUCUUUUGAGGUUUUCACGGGACGAGGUCGGCGUGAACCAGCUGAGCGUGCGACGCAGCAGGUGAGUCCAAACGGCAGCGGGCGCUCCCCCUCGCGGCCGAGCCGGGAAGCGCCGGUGCUCGCGCGCACGCGGUCGCGCGCGGUGACGAGUCAAAGCCUCCCCGACCAGCUUUGGUCGUCAGCUGCGUGGGGCGCACGUCGGCUUUGUGUUGUGGUGACAUUUGGUGAAGCCGACGUGACUUUGGCACGCUCGGCUGGGGCUGGGAAGUUUGGACCAGCUUCGCUGUGGACUUUUUCCACGGGAGUGUCUCCAGCGGCUCGCUUAGGCGACUUGACGGCACAGAGGUCCCCUGCAAGAAGUUGGCCGCGGAUUAUUCAUUUUUUUUCGACGCAGAGGCUGGACGAGAGAAGAAGGGGAAAACUUUAUUAUUUUUUUUCCCCCGAUUGCGACUUUGUUUGCAUCUUUUCUCCCUUGCAAUCGUCCCCAGAAAUGGUGGGGCACCUCCACUUGCAAGCGAUGGAUGAAAGCCUGAAAGGGAAGAACCGGGAAGGGUUGCUCGACAGUCCCGAUUCGGGCCUGCCCCCCAGCCCCAGUCCGCCUUUCUGCUCCCUCUCGCCGGCUCUCGUCGAGCCCCGCUCCGGCAGCGGCGCGACGCCCGCGGAGGCCCACCAGCAGGCGACCUGCAAGAAGGACGCCGGUCGGGGGGGCAAACUGCUGUCUUACUUGCUGCUCAACACAACAGGAACAGACCCCAGGACUCGCAUGUAUCCCGUCAUCUACGGUGAGAGCAUUGAGGUCGACCCAAAACCGGAACAAGAAGUCAAGUGCACUUCGGCGGUCCGCUACGAUUCGGACAAGCGUUACCGAGACAGAGUGUACUGCGUGCCCGUCCCCACGGCGACGGCGUACAGCGAGACGGUCGUGGUGGUGCCCAACUGCACCUGGAGGAGCUACAAGUCGCAAGUGUACCUGGAGCCGCGGCAGAAGCCAAUCAGCUACCAGAACACCACCAUCGUGUACCCCAAACACGCCAAGAACAUUUACCGCACCACGUUGACCUACAAGGCCGUGGCGCCGCGCCGCUGGUUCGUCUCCAGGGUGCAGCUGGAGUCCAGCGAGGAUUCGAGUCCAUGUAUCAUCUACACCGAGGACCUGUAGGCCCCACGCCAGCUUUGACAGUUUUUUUUUUUGUUUUUUUUUUUUUUGUGGUUUUGGUUUUUGAAGACUCAAGCAUAACAUAUUAGAAGGGCAACAGGCGAGACGGCCAGAGGAAAUCUUCCAACUUUGCACCUCGGUGGCUUUCGUCUUUGCAUUUCAUGCGAACGAGUGAACCCGUUCGGUCCUGCAGGACGGACGUCACUCAAAAGAAUGACAGCCACGUGGGGGAAUUUUUCCAAGCUAGAACUGGAGGAUUUGAUCAUGUGACUUGGUGCAUGCAUCCUUUCAAAUUACGGCCUGAUUGCAUAUGAAAAGCAUCUUGUGUGUGUGCGUCAACCAUUGGACCAAAGUUUAUUUUUAACUUUUUUUAACGUGACAUGUUCAUGGAGCAGCCACUCAAGCUGCGCAUGACCAUAGCGUGCGGUUUUCUCACCGUAUUUAGGCAAGAAUCAAUUAGCGUCAAUUAUACGUGCAUGCACAAUAACCUGAAAAAGACCUUUCAGCGCUGAGAGCGCUCAGACCGUCACACUGGUUAAAAAAAAAUCAUACUGGUAAAAAUCAUUGAGACACGGCAGUAACACGCUAGCGCAGCGAUAAUAGGGCCGGACCGGUAAAAGUAAAAAAAAAAAAAAAAAAAAAUGCACAAAUUACCCACAUCACCGUAUAAACCGCAGGGUUGAAAGCGUGUGGGAAAAAAAAGUCGCGGUUUAUAAACCGGAAAUUACGGUA